AUGGCUGUCAAACGUGUAGGGUCCCUCCUGCAUAAGAGGACCAAGAAAUUUAAACGGUUUCAAUCAGACCGUUUUAAGCGUGUAAAGGAAUCUUGGCGCAAACCCAAGGGCAUUGAUUGUCGCGUUAGGAGGAGAUUCAAAGGUACAAAUUUAACUCCGAAGAUCGGUUACGGCACUUGCAAGCGAACAAAGCACAUUUUACCUUGUGGAAAGUACAAGCUUACGGUCCACACUCCCCAUGAAAUUGACGUGCUAUUGAUGCACAACAAAAAAUUUGCAGUAGAGAUCGCCCACAACGUAUCUGUACGAAAGCGACGUGCUAUUUUGGAGAGAGCAAAUCAAUUGGCCUUGACGGUACUUAAUAAGUCUGCUCGCUUGGUCCAGCAAGAUGCGGAACAAUAG